CGCCGAUUUUCUCUUUCCAAUUUUCCUCAGGCUGGUACUAAUUCCGCACCACCUCAGCCGGCCAUCUCGGUCUCUGGUUUACUAUCGGGUCAGACCGGAGUUGUGCUGAAAGCAGAUAAGCCAAUGGCACCUGCCUCAAGGAGAGUACGCGAAGCCGCUGAAGCCCUAUUAGCUGUACUCAUGCUGCAUGCUGGCACCUUCCCUGGACCAUUGGGACCAGAAUCCACCUGUUCUAGACUCCAUGAGACAGAGCUGGUUAGUCACCUAGAGGCUGCCAGAGGUUUGGUUAAUGGAAGCGUGGGCCAAAAAUCUGCGUUAGGAGAAGAAGGGAACGAUGUUUGGCGACAUUUAGCCACCAGUUUCAGAUACUAUUGGAUCGAGCCGGGUCUUAUAAUAUCAAUCCUGGAGCUUCCACAAAGACUCUCAGAAGCAACUGUGGAUGAUAGGUAUUUUUUACGUGGUUUUUAA